AUGGGAGUACUCAAAUACGAGGCCCAUCUCUUUGCUAUGCUUGCUUACUUUACAGAACAACCGAGUUACAUAAUUGCUAAUCUCGGACCUUGGAUGCUCGGCUCGGCGAUCGACGCCACCGACCGCAGGCGCCAAGAAGACCCGCAAUAA